GCCAAACCCACCUCGUAUUUGCCCCACGCGGCCACUGCAAGCCAAACCACAACCAGAGCCGCACACCCCGAGAGAGAGCCAUCCACCUCCGCUCCGCCGCCGAAACCCUACGCCCCAGCCAAAUCAACCCCCCUCGCCCCUCCCGCUGCCCCGUCGCGAGAUUCGCCUCGAUUCGCCGCUAACCCCGACGGCCCGGAGCGGCGGAUCAAACCCCGGCUCUCGCGGCGCAAAUCUCGCCGCCCGCCCAUGGCGGAGCUCCUGGCUUCCUGGGCCGCCGAGGAGCGGUGGAUGUACCCGGCGUUCCUGGCCAUGUACGCCGUCAUAUACUCUAUCGGCCAACUGGGCCUCUUCCGGCGCUGGGAGUGGCGGCACCGCCUGGACGGCGCCAGCUGCCUCAUCUCGCUCGCGCACGGCUCCGCCGCCGCGCUCGCCGCCGUGGCGGCCAUCGCCGCGCAGCCGGCCGAGAGGCGGGGAUUCGCCGCGCCCAACUCCCGCCUCCAGGACCACGUCCUCGACUACAGCGUCGCCUACUUCACCAUGGACCUGCUCCACUACCUCGCCUUCCUCCCCGGGGACACCCUCUUCAUCGCCCACCACAUCGCCACGCUCUUCGUCUUCCUCACCUGCCGCUACCUCGUCCACCAUGGCGCCUACGCGCUCCUCAUCCUGCUCUUUCUCGCCGAGGUCACAAGCCUGCUGCAGAAUGUCUGGACGCUCGCCGGGAUCUGGCGAGCCGAGGUGCCCGCCGCCGCCAGGGUGUACAACGCCCUCUCAGUGCCCUUCUAUGUGCUCUACACCAUCGUCAGGGGUGUCGCCGGGCCCAUCUUCUUCCUCAAGAUGAGCCUCUUCUACCUCUCCGGCCAGGCGGUGGACGUCAUCCCCUGGUGGGUGCGCAUAUCCUGGAUCAUCGUCGUCGGCCCUGCUAUCACGGUGAGCAACCUGUGGAUCUGGAACCUCUGGAAGGAGCUGUUGAGGGAGCGCAAGCAGAGCAUGAAAAAGAAACACACAUAGUUGUUGUAGCUGUGUAGGUAUAUUGUGUUACUACCUGAUAGCAGCUCAAUUUGUCACGAUUGAUGAAGAUGAUAAUUGAUGGAUUAAUGAUGAUAGAGAUAUUUGGAAUGAAUGAUUAUAUCUCUA